AUGGCAUUGUUCACCGUUAUCGCGAGGCACAGUGUGGAUCCUGGCCUGGCCGGCCUGCUGGGGCGACGGGCGCCGGGCUCCAAACAGCCUUUCCUGGUCACUUUUUUCAGGGCGAGCCCUGGUCCCGUCCGAGCCCCUCGGGCAGCGAGGCCCCUGAAGAGGAGGCCACCCAAGAAAACCAACGAGCUGCCACACCCGAACAAACUCCCGGGGAUCUUUGAUGACGUUCACGGCACCGACGGCCGGCAGGUUUGCCGACGGCACGAGCUCUACGUCAGCUUCCAGGACCUCGGCUGGCUGGAUUGGGUCAUUGCUCCCCAAGGCUACUCGGCCUAUUACUGUGAGGGGGAGUGCUCCUUCCCGCUGGACUCGUGCAUGAAUGCCACCAACCACGCCAUCCUGCAGUCCCUGGUCAGUACCGCGUCCAUCCUGUCCCCA